AUGUCACGUGUUUUUGAGUUGCCAGUGCUGAGGGUGCUACUGGUCGCUACAGGUGUGGCUGAGAUUCUGCUCCUGGAGCUGUGCUGUGAGGACUGGCAAAAGAGGAAGUCUUCACAGCCUUUAAAUACCCCAGUCAGGCAAUUGGGCAGGCGCCAUCUACCGAAGCCUCCAAGGGGAGAAACCAAUGGACUUAUUUAAUGUUCAUUUGUUUUGCUUCUGAUGGUUAUUAUUCAUUUUUGUUCUAUUUGUGAUGUUUUUCUUUUCAACUAAGAGGCAAAGUUUUGUGUUUAGUCUUGUCUUUUUCGUCUUUUUUAAAUGUAUGUGUAGUCUAGUUUAGUUUCCCCCCGUGUUUCUCAGGUGGUCUGAUCAGCCACUAUAUAUGUUCCCUGUUGUGUCUUUGGAGGUCAGUUUGUUCCUGUUACUUGGUCUGUUCAGUUGCUUAAGUUAAAGCUAAGUUUGUUGCCCGAGUUGAUGUUUCUGUUGACCUAUGUUAUUCUUUUUUACAUUUUUUGAGAAAAAUUAAAACUUUCAUUUUUUGGCUAACUUCUGCUCAAUCCUCACACAAUACUUACUUAGUUUCAUUUUUUCUUGUUUUUUUUUUAUCUUCCAGCUGCCGCACCCUCACCCCUUCCCUCCAAGUUUCCUCAAAGUCCCAACUACAGAAUUGAUAGUGUAUCGGGUCCAGUAUGGCAUGCUAAAUUAAAAUAAUGUAAUUUAAAGAUGAAUUUGUGACUUUUUUUCUCAUUGCGCACAAUUUUGUUUAGUCUGAAUUGAAAAAGACAGGUGUGUGGCACUUUUGUCAUGUGCAACAUAAAGAGCAGACUCAGAAUGAUGAUUUACCACUAAACUGCUGAUCUCCAGAGUUUUGCUUAAAUCCACAUGUCAGUUAGUUUGGCUAACUGACAGCUAAAUAAAUGGGCACAUUUUAUCCAACAUGUGGUGAAUCAUCCUCUGAGUAAGUGCUCUGCAAAGAGCACAGCAGAGGAACCCCGACAAGAUCCAGUGUCAGCAACAGUUUAUCAUAAACUCCAAAGUUUGGCCAAGAUAGGAAGAGAGAGGCGGAUGGAGUGAGGUAAGGGAGGAGGGAGGGAUGAAGAGGCUCUCUUUGCAUUCCGACCUGUGUCGCUCACUCAUUUUCUGAUUUGCGCCCGAGAUGCAGCCUGGAGUCGAAAGAGCUUUCCUCCUCGUCAUCUCCAUCAUCCAUGAUGUUUGGAUUUCCAACACAAUGUACCACAGACUAAAGAAUCAGCAUGCAAGAGGGACAGAUUUUUGCAACACAAAGGUCUGUCCAUCUUCUGCCAAGAGUAUCCUCAUUUCUUUGAGAAGCCGGAUCGUACCAUUGUGUCGACACACUGGCCAGCAGCUGUUUGGGACGUAAAGCUUUCCAUCUCACCUAGCACGAUGGAUUCUGGUCUGUCACCUUCUGCAGACCUUUUACAUUUCAACACCAACAGCUGUGUCAAUUACAGCAACACCUGGAGGGGCCUCCCACAUGGUGACACUCUGCGACACAAUCACACCCUGACCCUUCAUGACCACCUCCAUAACGCCCUCCUGGGAGUCUUCCUGGGGCUUCUGUCUCUCCUAACCGUUAUAAUGAACCUGCUGGUGCUCUAUGCUGUGAAAAAGGAGAAGAGCCUCCACACUGUGGGGAACCUGUACAUCGUUAGCCUGUCGGUGGCAGAUCUGAUCGUCGGUGCAACAGUAAUGCCUCUGAACUUGGUGUAUCUGCUAGAGGAUGAAUGGAGGCUAGGUCGAACUGUGUGCCAGUUUUGGCUGAUUAUGGAUUAUGUAGCCAGCACGGCAUCCAUCUUCAGCCUAUUUAUCUUGUGUUUGGAUCGGUACCGCUCAGUCAGACAGCCUUUGAAGUACCUGAAGUAUCGGACACGGGGAAAAGCAAGUGUGAUGAUAUGUGGAGCCUGGCUGCUGUCAAUGACGUGGAUUAUUCCUAUUUUGGGAUGGAGGUCUUUCACACAUGUAGACCUCAAACCUGAGGAAGAGAGCAGGUGCGACACAGACUUUCGUUUCGUCACAUGGUUUAAGGUCAUCACUGCAGUUUUCAAUUUCUAUGUACCGUCCAUUAUGAUGGUGUGGUUUUACACGCACAUCUACUUGGCAGUACGGCAGCAUCUCAGAGACAGAGAGAGAAUCAUCCAUCCCACUGAUUCCUUUGGGGAAAUUGAGAAUGGGGAAAAUGUUCCUUGCCCUGAGGGACAGAAAUCCAAAUCACCCAAGACAGACAUUGAAGAUUCAAUAAAACGAUUAAAAAGAGAGAAACUGCUAGACCAGAACACUAUUGAACAGACUUAUUCUCUUGAAGAUUCAGAUAAAACCAAAGCUGCUCCUUUUAGAGCUCCCAGGAAAAUUGGUGUCAAGUGCCAGCAGACGUCACUUCUCUCUAUGACAACAAAACGACUCCGAAUGGUACAUAAGGACAAGAGGCCUCUAGAAGAGAGGCAUCCAUGCGCUGAAACCUCCCUCAGUCCUCCGUCAGCGCCUCAGGAUGGGACUUGCUCAGGUGGAAAUCCUGAGAGCAAACUUCAAACCUCCUUAAAUGAAUGUCAUGUCACUGUACCCAACUCUGUGAGCAGAGUUUGUGACAUAAGUCAGGUGUCAGACAUGCAGAGAUACUCAGAUGUUCUCUACAACAGUUUUGACCCCAGUCAAGCUCUUCCCUGGCCGGAGGAAGGUGUUGACGAUGCCAAAAUAGACCCAGAGAACGGGGUGACUCUAAGACAGGCCUGGCACAGGUUUAUCGACCAAUCCCGUCACCGCAUUCAGAGCCUGAGGAUUCAUAAGGAGCACAAAGCAGCAAAGCAGUUAGGCUUUAUCAUUGCUGCUUUCUUACUGUGCUGGAUCCCCUACUUCAUCGCUUUCAUGGUCAUGGCGUUUUGCAAACAGUGUGUGCAUCACGAUCUUCACAUGUUUACCAUAUGGUUAGGGUACUUCAACUCUACUCUAAACCCAUUUAUUUACCCGCUCUGCAAUGGCAAUUUUAAACGAGUCUUUAAAAAUAUAAUGAAGAUUCAUUUUUAACUAUGUAAACCUCCACAAAAGAGUCAUAUAAGCACAAGUUUAAAGGAAUGCAAUCCCAACCAAAUAUAUAUAUUGAUUAUCAGUUGAUUUGUCCAUAUUUCUGUUUAGUAUUCCAUAGUUUGACUUGGUCUCAGAUUAAAAAUAAGGUCAAAACGUUUUUUUUUUAACAUUUCCGGGGUUCUCAAGUAUUAAGAAAUACUUUUUCUAAUCCCACUUCAUUUCUAAAAAGAAAUCAGGGUGAUUAGAAAUAUAUUUUCAAUUGCAAUUAUGUCUGUUGGCUAGGCAACAGACUAUAUUACUGUAUAUAUUCCUUAACCCUGGAAAAAUGGCAUGGGGACAAAUCAGUAUCACUGUAAUUACAAUAAACUAUUUCAUUUAAAAAAUCAAUAAGGACACCUUAAGGGAUUUUAGCAGGUUAUGCUUAUCUCAUUUGUCAUCAACUAGGCAAGCAAAAUGAACAACUAUCAAAUUGAAAAAAAGGUUUAUGACUCAACUCCAGUAAAAUGCCAUGUAGCAUCUGUUCUUGUUUCAUUAGCCUAAGCGUAGCAGAAAUCCUUCCAUGGUGCUGUGGAACAGUCAUCAUAAGCAUGAGAUUUCUGUACUGUAUUUUUAUUACAGGAUUUGUAAGAGACAUACCACUGCUUAAAGACAAAAACAUCUCAGCAUCAAAGUGUUUGGUGACCAAAGAAAGCUAAAGGUGGAAAAAA